GGGCAAGUUAUGGAAAGAACUAAACGAAGACGAUUUCGUAUGUCCACCACACACUGAUAAGCCAACUCUAAUUGCUACAUAACCAAACCCAAACUCCCCUAUGAACGGACCGCCUACGGACGGAGCCCCUUUUGUCUGGAGGAGAUUCCUACCUACCACUAAGCUGUACUUGUUUUAUUUAGAAGCAAAUGUAGCAAUUAAGAUAUAUGUAUACAUUUUUUGAUAACAAUUUCUUCGAUUAUGAUCAUUAAGUCUAUCCAGAACCCAUUAAGGGAGUGCCACACACAUAAAAUCCUUGGCCGCGUCAAGGAUAAUCACUUAAAUGAUCUACCUAUUAUGAGAUCUAUAGAUAAUGUCUGUGAUUGUUAUCUUACUAAUCCCCUCCAACUCGACAGUGUAUUAUAUUAUUGAAUACAAACAACAAUAAUCAGUUUGUUGCCGGUCGUCAACCAGUCAAUAUGACUAUCCGCUGGGGAAUCGUAAGCGCGGCGAAGAUCUCCAAUGACUUCGUAAACGCCAUGAACAGUUUCCCCGGCAAGGGCGACCAGGCUGUCGUGGCCAUCGCUGCCCGGGAUAAAAGCCGCGCUGAGGCGUUCGCCAAGAUCCAUAAUAUCCCUACAGUCUUCGACUCCUAUCAGGCUAUGGCUGAGAGUGAGGGGGUUAUCGAUGUAGUCUACAUCGGCGCGCUCAACCCCGACCACUACCCCCUCGCGAAGCUCUUCCUAGAACACGGCAAGCACGUCCUCUGCGAGAAGCCCCUCUGCCUCAACCUGAAGCAGGCCCAGUCCCUCAUCAGCGUCGCCAAGCAGCACAAGCGGUUCCUCAUGGAAGCUGUCUGGUCGAGGUUCGCGCCAGCGUAUCUGGAGCUGGAGAAAGAGAUAGCUGCUGGAAAGUUGGGGGAGGUGAAGAGAGUGGAAGUCAACUUUGGUGUGCCAUUGUUGGAUGUGGCUAGGCUGAGCAAAAAAGACAUGGGCGGCAGCACAGUCCUUGACCUUGGAGUCUACGUCCUCCAGUUCGCGCAGUUGAUCUUCAAGGACGAGCCGACCAAGGUGACCGUGGUCGGGGAGAAGAACGAAGACGGAGUGGACAUAAACGAGACAAUAAUUCUGGAGUACGCGGGCGGUCGACGCGCCGUGCUCAAUGCUGAUGCCACUGUCAAGAUGUGGAAUAAAGCUACUGUCACGGGAACUACGGGACGCGCUACGGUCGAAGAUCCAUUCCACUUCCCUGAAACCCUGAUUCGUGCCGACGGCUCAGUGCAAGAGUUCAAACUGCAUGACUCCAAGCUGCCGUACAACUUCGGUAACAGCGCCGGCCUCGUGUACGAGUCGCUAGAGGUCGCUCGCUGCAUCAGAGAAGGUCUACUUGAGUCUCCCCGCAUGAGCCACAGAGAGAGCCACCUGGCUAAACUUGAGGACACCGUGCGGAAACAACUGGGCGUGCAUUAUGACGUCGACGAUGAGGCUUUUUAAGCAUAAAUAUAUCAUUCAUUUCAUUCCUGGAAUCAAUCAACCAACCUCAAUGGAAUAAACGGAACUUUCAUUGUAUAACUGACACAUGUAUGAAAGAGCCACUAUU